AUGAACUUCCCGGAUCCCCGUCACGUCACGUCACGUCAGUCCUACUCGGAUCCUCAGCUCCGUGCCGCCGGAACCUUGCGACGCUACAAGAAGCGAUGCAUUGAGUUUGGACAAUUUUCCUUUGGCGCCGGCAUUCUCUUCGCUUGCCUGCUGCUGAAUCUGACGGCCGGUGCAAGGUUGCUGCCCAUCGAAAUUGCUCCUUGGGAAUUGAAUCGCUGGCACGUGCGGCCAGCGUCACUCGGCGAUAAGAGGCCUAGACGUCCUGAAGCCGAAGAACGGCAGAAGGCCUUGCGGCAGAUGAUGAACCAAUGGGUUCUGGAAGGUGCAAGUUCCACUUCCACUGUGGAUGCCCAAAGCCAAAACGAUCCAGAGGACCAUCCUGCUUCUAGCGCGGACCCGGAGGAGACUGUUUUUUGGGAGCCGGACGAUGCCAAUGUGCAGGAUUAUCAGCUGACUCCGCCCUAUCGUUUACGGGGGCGUUGGUUGCUCCCUGCGUUGGAACUGCGAGAGCGUUGGCAACAGCCUUUGGUCGAGGAGUUCGUGUUUCAUCCCCUGACCCCUUGGAGUACCCGAACGUUGCCCGUGCCGGUGCGCUACGAGGCCAUGGUGAGAUAUCUGCAGCAGCGCCGCUUCUUUCAGAUGAGGCCUGUGGCCUUGAAGCAGGUGCUGAACCAUUGGCAAUCCCAGACUGCUUUGGAGCAGGUCCGCAGACAGCCAACCAGAAAGAGCACCCGAAACAUGAGCACUUUGGAGGUCAAGGCAAUGGGCCGAGGGCGAGGACACAUAGGUCUUGCAGCGUCUUUGCGCUGCAGGUUACGUCAGGCAGUAGAGCCCGCUCCAGCCGUCACCGUGCGGCUCAGGCCGCCCUAUGCCACAGAAGUGGCUGUGCUGCUGGUGCUCUUCGCAUGGUUAGCCUUGGGUGUGAGACCCUUCUUUUGGAUGAUGAUUUGCUGCCAUCUCUGCUCGCGGUGGUUCCCAUUUCCCUUGGUGGCCGCAGCGGCAGUUUUGGCCAAUUUCCUUCGGUACCAGGUGAAGCGUCGUUUAGCACGGCUGCAGAUGAUGCGAACACGGUCACAGCUAGAGGCCGAUGGUUUGCUGCUGCUGUUGCUUCUCCUGGGAGCUGCCUGUGCAGGCACCGGGCAGGGCGGCCUAAGUUUGUUUGAGCUGCGACCAGGCGGCCUUGGCAACCUUCCACCGCCACCUCAGGAAUUGGAUGCCAGCCCCCCGCUGGGCUUCAUCUUUUGGCUCAUGUUGGUUCUCGUAUCCUUGGUCGCCAUGGGCACAGUGGCUAAAUGCCCUGAGGAUUUGGAAGGUGCUGAUUACUGGGCACCUCUGCGGCAUGGCUGCGCUUGGGCGUUCACAGGCGCCCUGCUGUGUUUUGUCGCUGCAGCACCCAUCUUUGCCUAGUUCAAAAG